AUGUUCCUGUCUCAGCGUGCCUUCCUCUUCGCACUCGGAGCUCUCAGUGCCCUUGGAGCCAAGAAGGCCGGGGACCUGAAGCAAAGCAGCAUCUACCUGAACCAGCUGAUGGCCUUUGCCACCAUCUCCAACACGAUCCUCGCUGCCGUUUUGCAGACCCAGACGGCGAAGGACAUCAAAAGUGAAGCCGCGAACUUCUUCUUCAAUGCGGCUGCGCACACGGCCGAGGCGGCUUCCGGACAAGGAUCUUUACGCAGCGCCUCCUCGCAGUGCCUCUUGUCCUACGUCGGCUUCGAGAAGACCAUAUGGGGCGCUCACCUACUGGAUGUGGCUGUGGCAGCCGGGCUGAUUUCAUUGCUGUCCUUGAUGAAGGAUUCUCGUGCUGCGCUCAUCGCAGGCAUGAACUGCUUCCUGCCCACAAUAGCUGCCGACUUUGGGAAGUAUCUGGUGUGCUACCGCCUGCGGCGCGAUCAGGGCCUUGAGUGCACUUUCCUCCCUGGAAGUGGAGGACUCGCCAUGGCGACGCAGGUGGUGGGGGGCUUCAUUCUGUUUAUGGUCGCCGCUCUUUGGACAUGGCUCAGCCUUUCCAGAUCCGACGAGGAUCCUAAACCCAGCCACGUGGUCUUCCUGACCAGCAAGUACCAGCGCAGAUACUCGCUCUUCGAGACGGAGCGCUUGAUCAGGAAGACGCUCUUCACGUUCAUCGGCGCUUUGCUGCCCAUCGACUCCUCCCCAGCGUUGCAGAUGGGCUGCCUAGGCAUUGUGGUUUCGGUGUCGCUGUUUCUGUACUGCCGCUACAAGCCUUACCACUCGCCGGAGUGGAACUGGAUCGAAAUCUGGUUGCUCUUCGCUGCGACGGUGAUGAUCACGAGUGUGUCCACUUUGCUUGCGAAUGAGUUCCAUUGGGGGCAUUCGGUACCCACUCAGCAGUCGAUCAUCUUCGCAACUGCAGGCAUUGCGGCGGUGGCAAGUGCCAUCAUGGCUUUUCGAGUGAUCCAAGAGCUGGUCCGGGAACAGAGGCAAGCAGCCAAGUGA